GAACCCGAUCGAUCAGUGAAAACGCCAUGGCUGCGCUGGUGGUGUUGUGGCCGACCCUACUACCACUAGUUCUGCUUGCAAAUCUCCUUCCCCUGCCCCGCCAUGGCCGCGCUCUGGAGCUCAUGAACUGGUCAUGCAACAACGGCAGCUCCUACGCCGCCAACACCACCUACCACAGCAACGUCCGCGCCGUGCUCACCGCGCUGUCCGCCAUCACGCCCAACUCCACCGCGCGCUUCGCCACCGCGUCGGCCGGGCGUGGCGGCGCGGACGCGGUCUGGGGCCUCGCGCUCUGCCGCGGCGACACCGACCGCGCCGGGUGCGCGUCCUGCCUCGCCGCCGUGCCGGCCGUCGCCUUCGGCGAGUGCCGCGGCGACAGGGACGUGGCCGUGUUCUACGACCGCUGCCUCGCCCGGUUCUCGUACGCGGACUUCACGUCGAGGCCCGACAACACGGAGGUCCUGAUCGGGAGCCCCAGCGAGAACCGCGUCACCGUCGACGCCGGCCGCUUCGACGCGCUCGUGGCCCGCCUCGCCGGCGCACUGGCCGACUGGGCGGCCUACAACUCGACGCGGAGGUACGCCGCCGGGCUGAUGGCCUCCGGCGACGGGUUCACGUCGACGACGGAGGACAUGGUGCACAACAUCCACGGUGUGGUGCAGUGCACGCCGGACCAGGCGGCUGCGGCGUGCCGGGCGUGCCUGGAGACGCUCAGGGUGGACAUGCCCAAGGUUUUUGCUGGAAGGAUAGGAGGGAGGUUUGACGCCGUGUGGUGCAACCUCAGGUACGAGACCUUCCUCUUCUACGACGGUGACCCAACGGUGAGGCUCGCCGCGUCGCCGUCACCUGGAUCAUCGUCAUCGCCAUUGCCGUCGCCGUCGCCGUCACUACCGCCGCUAGAGGGAAAAAGGAGAAAUCGCCCAAAAAAUGCAGCAAUUGUUGUUGUGUCUGUCCUUGCUUCUCUAGUUGUACUUCUGUCUCUGCUCUCCUUUUACCUCUGGAGGAAAUUGCAAGCGAAACAAUAUACCGAUGAGAAUGAUAUCUAUUCAGGGUCACUUCUCUUUGACCUGGCAACACUAAGAAAGGCAACAGCUAGCUUUGCAGAACAUAACAAGCUUGGUCAUGGUGGUUUUGGAGCAGUAUACAAGGGGUUUUUGCCUGAUGGACGUGAAAUAGCUGUGAAAAGGCUUGACAAGACAUCAGGACAAGGCCUUGAACAGCUGAGAAAUGAGUUGUUAUUUGUUGCCAAACUCCGGCACAACAAUCUUGCAAAGCUUCUAGGUGUUUGCAUCAAGGGGGAGGAAAAGCUGCUCAUUUACGAGUACCUGCCAAAUCGAAGCCUUGACACCUUCCUUUUUGAUCCAGAGAAGCGAGGACAAUUAAACUGGGAAACAAGAUAUCAGAUCAUACAUGGGAUAGCACGCGGCCUGCUCUACCUCCACGAGGAUUCUCAGAUAAAGAUCAUUCAUCGUGACCUCAAGGCCAGCAAUGUAUUGUUAGAUGCCAACAUGAACCCAAAGAUCUCCGACUUUGGCUUGGCGAGGCUAUUUGAUGGUACUAAAACUGCUAGUAUCACAAACCAUGUCGUUGGGACGCUAGGAUAUAUGGCGCCAGAGUAUGCAGUUCUUGGACAUGUAUCUGUUAAGUUAGAUGUCUAUAGCUUCGGAAUUUUAGUCCUGGAGAUUGUGACAGGAAGAAGGAACACUGAUGUGUCAGGUGAAGUGGAAGAAUCUAACAAUCUGCUUAGCUAUGUGUGGGACCACUGGGUGAAGGGGACGCCACUAGAAAUUGCUGAUGCAUCACUGCUUGGUGAUGGCCGCAGCCUAUCAGAUAUGGAGCUGCUCAAAUGUGUCCACUUCGGGCUCCUUUGUGUCCAAGAGAACCCAGUGGAUCGGCCAACAAUGCUCGACAUUCUCGUCAUGCUUCAUGAUGUUGACACCAAUAGCUUUGUUGCACCAUCAAAACCUGCGUUCACCUUUGCGCAUGGUGGGAACACGACAAGUUCUAGCCAAGGUGUUGCCGCAUUAUCAACAAAUGAAGUGUCCAUAUCAGAGUUUGUUCCUAGAUAGAAUAAAAAUUACAUUUAUGCCACUCUGAACUACGUAGAGAUAUGCUGCUAUUUAGUUGGGUCUUAGAAGUAUAUCACUCCAGAGGUACAUUUAUUUUCUUAUAUACCUUUUACAUAUGCUUUACCUUUUAUCUUAAACCAAUUUGCAUAGCAUAUUACUGAAUAUAUUCGAAUAUGGACUAUGUAUCA